UUGUAUGCUAUUUUGAGGCUGUAUGAUGCUGUAAUAUGCUAAAUAAACUUGUGAUGUGGUUCUUAUUUCCGGUAUUCUAGUUAUUCGCCAUGAGUUGUGCAAAGGCUUUCCUUUUUUUCUUCAACUUCAUCUACUUGGGUGUAGCUGGUGCUAUCAUUUAUGUUGCCGUAUGGCUAAUUAAAAAGUUUGGAGACAUCACAAAGGUUACAACUGAUGAGUACACUCUGGUACCGUGUGGAAUCCUAGUUGGAGUGGGUGUCCUGAUCUUUAUAACUGCCUUGUUUGGUUGCUGUGGAAUAUGCCGUGAUAACAAGUGCUGUCUGUCCAUGUUCUUUGCAUUACUUUUCAUUGUUUUUGCACUGGAGAUCGCAGCAGGUGCCCUAGGAUACGUCUACAAGGAUAAGGCUAAAAGCUUUGUGCAUGAUGGUUUCCAAGAUGCAAUCAAGCAUUAUGAUGAUAAAGACACAAAUUUAGAUAAAGCUGUAGAUGGUCUCCAGGAAAAUCUGAAAUGUUGUGGCAACACUGGCAGUAUUGAUUGGUUUCCAUAUUUUUUGAAACACCAUCAUUAUCCUUAUUCUUGCUGUCCCAAAGAUGCACAGAUUUGUACAAAACGGCACAUUUACUCUGAGGGCUGCUUGAAAAAAUUGACCGAGGAGGUUAAAGACAACCUUAGUUACAUUAUGGGAUCAGGUAUUGGACUGGCUGUGCUUCAACUUCUGGGAAUGAUUGGAGCAUGUUGGUUGAUGUGUAUUCGGCAGUCUGGAUACCUUCAACUGGAGGGUGGAUUACGAGUCUGAUCAGAUGGAUACGCACUGCUAAUUCUUUUGUUAAACUUGGCAGAUUUAAAGCUGUUAUUUUCUGUUUUAGUAAUAUAAUGUGGAUCAUGAUGUGAAGUGUUGUUCAAGUUAGAUCACUAGUCUGUUUGAAUAGACAGCUGCUUAAAUUUAUAGCCUAGUAUAGUGUUUUGAGUAACAAUCUUGGUUGGUUUUUAAUCUGCUAUCCGAUAUGGAUGCAAUUGUUUGUAAUGGAUUGAUCAAUUAAAGUGUAGAUUCCCUAUGUUAAUUUAAA